AUGAGUGAGUUAAUUAGUUCGUGGUUAAAUGAAGAUAUGGAAUCACUAAAUGAUUCGUGUAGUGAUGAUAGUGAAAAUGAUGAAAAUACAAUAUCUGUAGAACGGCAUAAUGAAGAAAACUACGAGAGCGACGAACCUACCGAAAACACUAGCGAUGAAUCAGAACCUGACGAUGAAGAAUCUUGGUCACUUUUCUUUCCUGACAACGUUAUUCAAGAAAUUGUUACAUGUACUAAUAUCUAUUUGACCAAAAUUAGAAUAAAUUAUGGUAGGGAACGAGAUGUCUUGGAUACGAGUGUAGUAGAAAUACGAGCGUUGUUCGGUCUUUUGUACAUAGCUGGUAUGAUGAAAAGUAAUCAUCUAAAUUUGUCGGAUCUUUGGUCAAAUGAUGGGUUAUCGCCGGAGUAUUUUAGAGCUGUUAUGUCAAAAACGCGUUUUUAUUUAUUAUUACGAGCACUAAGGUUUGGUAAUAUAAAUACUCGCAGUGAAAGAAAAAAAAUUGAUAAAUUAGCACCUAUUCGAACUAUUUUUGAUGAAUUUGUUGAUCGCUGUAAAUUAAAUUAUACUGUCGGGGAAUAUUGUACCAUUGACGAGAUGCUUGAAGGUUUCAGAGGGAAAUGUAAUUUUCGGCAAUAUAUCCCUAAAAAGCCCAACAAGUAUGGUAUAAAAAUAUUUUCACUCGUAGAUGCUCUUUUAUUUUACACAACAAAUAUGGAGGUUUACGUAGGGAAACAACCUAAUGGUCCUUAUAAUCAAGAUAAUAGUGAAUCAAGUAUUGUCAAGAGGAUGAUUUCUCCAAUUUCCAAAACGGGUAGGAACUUGACCAUUGAUAAUUGGUUUACAUCUGUUCCAUUGGCCGUUGACCUGUUACAAAAUCAUAGAAUUACUAUGGUUGGGACAAUUAGAAAAAAUAAAAGAGAAAUACCUCCUCUUUUUUUGGACACAAAGAAACGAGAAGUGAAUAGUAGUAAAUUUGGAUAUAGUAAAGAAUGUUUAUUAGUAUCAUACGUACCAAAAAAAAAAUAA